AUGGGGCUCCUUCUCUACAUCCUUCCAUACAUCAUGGCCAAGGGGACGCCCAUCUACAACCAUAAGGUCUACAAGCGGAAACAAGAGCUGUUCAGCACCUUAAGAAAAUUUGCAGGCCCUUUGGGCCAGCUCACAUUGCUGGAAAUUGGGACGGGCACUGGCACCAAUUUCCAGUUCCACCCGCCAGGCUGCCGGCUGACGUGCACCAACCCGAACCCCGAUUUCAGAAAGUUCCUCCUCAAGAGCCUCUCGGAGAACCAGCAGCUUAAGCUUGAACGUUUGGUGGUUGCUUCUGGCGAGGAACUGCAUCGAACGCCAGGCGGCACCGUGGACGCGGUGGUGCGCGCCCUCAGUGCCGCUCUCGGUGACCGACGUCGGGGAAGUCCUGACAGAGGCUUUGCGAGUGCUCGGGCUGGGGUGAACAGCCCUCAGGCCUUUUACACUGGGUUUUUUUAUGGCACUGUUUUCCAGGGUGGAGCGUUCUAUUUCUUGGAGCACGUGGCUGCAGAUCAUUCCAGCUGCACCUACUUUUGGCAAAAGAUCUGCGACCCAGUCUGGAAGUAUUUUGGAGAUGGGUGUUCCUUGAGCAGAGAGACACAGAAGGAGCUGGAGAAAACUAAUUUCUCAGAACUGAAUUUGAGGCGCAUUCAUGUCACGCCUUACUGGAUUCCUACUCGUCCUCACAUCAUUGGGUACACAGUAUAAUAAGUGACCAUGAGCACUGCGGGAUGCAGGACCACCCUCCAGCACUCCUUUCGUGCUUUAUGGAAGGUUUUUCACCCUUACAGUCAGCUCUUUACAGCAGCUGGCUACCCAGAAUAAAGGUAUGGAAGAUUUCCUGAGCAUCCACAGCACAUUCAACCUGGGAGUCACGUUCUUCCAUUUGUUAGACAGCCCUUCUGGACAGAGCUCUGAAAUAGAGCUGCUGCGCAGGGACCAGGCAAACUGGAAUGGCGUCUAAACGCCUUUCGGUCCAACACAAACCCAAGGAGGAGGCAGCAUCUUGGAGAGCUGAGAAGGGGGAGAGGGCAGAAAGGGAACAGAAGACACAUGCAAGCAAGUAGAGAGGGCUAAUGUUUUUCUAAGGGCAGAGAAUAAUGCCCAACCUCUAAUGUUUCCAAUACAGGACACUUGCAUAAUAGAUACAGCAUCAGUAUGAGCAUUUUCAUUUCAGGCUUCCCAUUAUGAAGUAUAUUUACGAGCAGGCGUUCGCCUGGCCGUGCCAGUACAGUCCUCCCGGACAGGACUGUUUAUUCAGGGAAGUGCUCAUUACACCACACGUUCACUGGCAUAGCUCUCACUGGCCAUUAGAUGCUAAUGCCAUCAGCGCAGAUUUAACUUGAACAGCCACCUACAAAGCAAAAAGUGGAACUUCUCUUUACCCUGGGAGAAAAUAGGCAGAAAUCGCAUCUGCGCUGUGAGACGCUGUUAUGAGAUCAGCCAUGUCCUUAGAGCCCUCUGGUCAUGCACUACUAACAUGUUUUAGCUAUGUUUAAACUCUUCACUUUCUA